AUGACGCUCGCCGACGCCGCGCGCGCGUGCGUCCCGACGCCCGCCGACGCCUCGUCCGACGACUUCGCGUCGGCCGCGUUCGACCGUCUGCGCGCGCUGCGCGACGGCGCGCGCGAUUUGGAACCGGCGCGCGCGUCGGCGAUUCGUCGGAUGCCGACGAAUCGCGAAGCCUCCGGAUCGGCGCGGCUCGUGGAAGAGAUCUCGUCCGACGACGUCGCGCCGACGUCCGAGUCCGAGUCCGCGCUCGCGCUGCUCGCGUGCGCGGCGCACGGCGCGCUCGGCGACGGCGACGUCCCGAGGUGGUCGAACGCGCGACUGAGCGCGCUCGCGGCGGAGACGUACGACGACGGAUUCAAAGCCAGAGGUCCCGACGCCGUGAUCGAUAGUUUUUUGGAGGCGUACGGGCGCGCGGACGCGCCGGCGGCGCCGGCGGCGUCGUUCGGGGCGAACGCGGAGUCGGACGCGCGCGCCGCGGAGAUCGCGGCGCGGCAACUGUCGUGGUGCUUGGAGCGAGACGAGUUGUAUCUGGGAAGCCCGUCGAGGACGCGCGAGGUCGUGGCGGUCGCGAUGCCGCGCGUGUUGAGAGCGUUGGAUUACCCGUCGGAAGGGGUGAGGACGAGCGGCGCGAUGUCUGCGAGGGCGCUGUCGAGGCGCGCGACGGGAUUCGAUUGGCGCGCGGGACCGGGCGCCGUGUUGCUCGACGCGUGUCGGUCCGCAUUGAUAGGCGCGAGCGCGGAGGUUUGGCCGCACGCCUUGGACGUCGCGUGCGCGUUGACGGGCGUCGUCGCGAGGGACGCGGGAAUCGAGGAAUAUCGCAAGACGUUCUCGCGAGCCAUCGACUGCGCGCGCUUGCGCGGGACGGAGACGGCGUACGCCGCGCCGCUGCUCGCGUCGUUUCCGAAUUUGAUUCGCGACGCGAAGGCGUGCGUCGCGGUGCACCUCGAUCGUUUGCUCCCGCUUUUGUGCGCGUACAUGCAAUCGCACAAGGACGACGUCGCCGUCGGCGCGGCGUCGCUCGUCGCGCUCGUCGUCGAAAACGCCUGGCCGCGCGCGCGCGCGCACUGCGAGUCGAUGUGGCCGCACGUGAAGCGCGCGUACGCCGAAGCGGACGGUCGAUCAGCGGUGAGCUGCGAUAAAUUACGCGCCGAGCUCGAACGCGUCGUCGAACUCGUGCAACUCGCGGCGGGGGGGGAAUUCACGCGAGUGUGGAAGAGCGACGAAGACGUUCCGGCGCACGCCGUCGGUUUGGUUCGAUUCCUCGCCGCGCUCCCGGCGACGCGCGCGUAG